CAACUUUCGGUUGUGAAGCAAUGAUGUUCAUAAAAUAAAAUCUGAAAAAUGUAAAGGAAAAGCUAUAGAAAGUUUCGAAUGCAGUUCCCUAUUCAGCUCUUCUAGGAUUUAUCUACAAACCUAUUUGGAGACUAAUGAGGGACCAAAAGUUGAUGGAAAGAACCUUGCAAUUGUGGAGGAAUGCGUCUGGAGGUUGCAUACUUUUUAGAACUAGCUUUGGUUAGCUGUCACAGAAUCUUCUGACUUCUUUUUUUCUAGUAGAAGAAUUCUGGAAGCCAGACCUUAUGGAAGGUUGGCUUUGAGGUGGUGAAGGGUUUUUUGUUUUGUUUUUCUGCAUGUGUGCAUGCAUUUUUUUUGAGUACUUAAAAGCAAGCCGUCUUGAAGUUGUUUUCUGUUCUUCUUGGUAUAUACAGUUUGGUAAGAGGUUGUUACACUCUCCUGAGUUGCUUGGCUCUUUUUCAUGUUAGAACUGUAGCCUAUUGCCAUGGCUUCUUCUGAUUUUAUUGUCAGAUUUCAGAUGUCCAAAUCUGCCUGAGACUUCACAGAUCGUUUUUGAACAAGACGAGGAAGAAAUUACUCUCAAGAUAAAUCGUUAUAAGUGUGCUUUUGCUUACUGAACUAACUUCAGCAUAGUGGUGCUUUUACUGGAAGGCAGUUCCAAAAGACAAAAGACGUGCUUGAGGAGCUGCCGUUGCCUGAAGGGAUUGCUUGCUGGUAAACGUUGGGCUCUUACUUCCACCUUCCAUGGCUGACAAAAUUAGCAAACAAAUGCAGUUUCUCAGUCAUAGUGGGGUGAGAAAGAUCUUGUAUCUUUGAAAGUCUUAACAAGUACUUGCUUGGAAGACUUGGUAACUUAAAAGCAUUUGAUGUUUCAUUUUCUUUGUCUUUUGUCUUCUAAUCUUCCGUGUCUUUAGUUGGAUUGUGUAUCUGCUAUUUGCUACCUUAUGUUUCUACUUAAGGAUUUUUUAAGCCAUCCUUGUGGUAACUACUUUUGAGAGCAAAAGAAAUUUUGGGCUGAGAAAGAUCGUAUAACUCUAUCCUUAUGCUUCAUUCACAGCACUGAUUUUUGAUCUUAGUCUUUAAAAAAAAAAAGACAAAAAACGCUUUUUAUUUUUUUAAAGCAGGAGUAGUUUGUAAAGAGGUUAAGAUGCUGCCAACUUAUCUGAUAAUAAAAUAAGUAAUUUGCAUUUCUUCAAUUAAAGGGUAGUUCAGUAUGUCUUAAAGAGAAUCUCAUCCUUUUCUUUGUAUUCUGACUUAAAAACUGCUAGCUCCAAAUUCUGUUUACUCAAGUCGAAUCAGCAAACAAUAGGGAAUGUGAAACUUACAGCAGCUAGGGAGCUCCAUGCAUCCAAACACACACCCUCGUGUUGGUCUCAAGAGUAGGGACUGUAUUAGUUAAUCGUAUUUUCUACUUAAAAAGUACAUACCUAUUUGCCAGUACACUAGGUAGAAACUAAGUAGCAGUACUAUUUAUUCUUACUUCCGCAGAGCAAAUUGGCAAAACCCCCAGUAACUGAAUGUGUUGUAAGGACUAGCAUGCAAUAUCCUAACUUAAAUUACUGCCUGAUUUACAUGGGUCAAUAAAGGUGCAGCAAAUCCAUGGUAGGUUUGUACAGUGAAAAAUAAAUAACACAUACAUUCCUUUCAAGUGAUGUGGGACUGGAGAUAACCAUGACAGUCUUAUCCUUUGGCUCUAAGCACAGGAUGUGGUGACUGCUGUAGAUGGACUGAUUUAGGACUUGGUUUUUAUUUCUCAUUUCUGAACUCUUCUGUGUGGUAUAGACCCUUGCAUAGUGACCAUAACCCUUUAGGUAAUAGCUAGCUGCCCUUUAGCAUCAAUGCACAGACAACAGAUCAAGAAGCAUUGCCUUGCUUCUUACCUCAGUAGGUCAUGUUUCAGGUUUUUCUGUCCUUGUGUUUUGGCAUGUACAUAAUUUUUUAAAGAGGGCACAGAGUGCAUUGUCUUCACUUGGUUAGUGUCUUACCAAGUCCAUGUCCUGCAGUGCCACCAGUUCUGGAAGGAUGGACAAAGUAGAGUUGAGUCAUCCGUGAAGCAUAUGAUUAGUGCACUCAAAGACUUGUACUUGGAUGAGGAAAAGCAACCAUUCACUGUAACUUUUGUUUGACUGCUGUAUAUAGUAGUUUAUCUGAAAUUCAAACCUAAGUCACCUAUUUUUGUUUUUUUGUUUUGUGAUUACAGUACUGUCCAGUGGUCAGUAUAGUAGACUUUCCAUGCUCUGUCCAUCAUUUGGUACUUCAGAAGACGAUAGAAACAAAAUUGCUGCUCUUGAAGAAGAAGUGCAUGCACUCUUUCAGCCAGUAGCUGUGGGCUCUCGAGAGUUUGAGGAUGUUGUGAAGAUUCUGCAUUCAUCUUACUUGGAACCCAGUUCAGUGUCGAAUUUUAAUUACAAGAGAGCCAGCUUAGUGCACAGUGAACUGUUGGAAAAGGAAUUCACAGAAAAACGCAGAGAGUUGAAGUUUGAUGGUCGCCUAGAUAAAGAGCUUUCUGAAACCUAUGCAUUUCUAAUGGUUGAUCGACCUCAGAUCCAAAGCAUAUGUGAAAAGGGGCUGCAGGUGGGCCACUCCAAAAUAACAAUUCUUGGCAGCCCUUCCAUGGGUGUGUAUAUCUCCAGGUAUGCUGAUUUGUUGCAACCUAAUCCUCUAGAAGCUGGAGCAACUGGAGAUGUGAUUGUUUUUAAAAUAAUAAAGGGAAAAAUGAAAAGCAUAUAUGACCACAUAGGCAUGAAAGCAGUGGAAUCAACAGUGAAGAGUGCAUUAGAUCCAACACCCAAGCAUGAAUGUCAUGUUUCAAAGAAUGCAAAUAAAGUAACCUCCUUGCUGGCUUAUCGAGCAUAUGAACUUACUCAGUACUAUUUCUAUGAAUAUGGCUUUGAUGAGAUAAGACGAAGACCAAGGCAUGUUUGUCCCUAUGCUGUUGUUUCAUUUACUUACAAAGAUGAAAUCGUGCAAACACCAAAAUUCCUGCCCCCAUCAAGAUCAAACAGCUUCAACACAGAGAGAAGUACAGAUAAAUCUAACUACACAUUAUGGAGGGGACAGCUCUGGAAUAAAGGCAAACUCCUGUGCCAUGUUUCCUUGAAGUCAGCAGCGCGUCCUUUCCUUCCAUGCAAGCUUCCUGAGAAGCUUGAUGUUGAAAAAGUUGUAAGCAUUGACCAACUGAAGAAGAAAAUUUCACCUGCGUUGUUGUAUAAAGAAACUUACCUAGGAGCAAAAGAAGUGUUGAAGAAUGGAAUGUACUGUAGUCUUUAUGAAGUUGUGGAGAAGUCCCGUUCUGGUAAUCACUUGGAGGGAUUACUUCAAAAGCUAGAGAAAGAGAAACUUGUUCUCGUUAAACCACUUCUGGACAGAGGAUUUCUUUUUCUUCUUUCUCCUUGGCAAAUGACAUCCCCUUAUGAUCACCAAACUGGACGGUCCCGCAUGUUAAAUGCGUUAUUUCUGUUUCCUGAACCUAGAGGUAUAAUGAGCUCAACACAAAAAAUUGUUCCAUUUGGAACACAGAAAAAUUCAACUACCGUGGUGUUGCACGAAAAUCAGGAGAUCAUUCCAGAAUUCACAAAGUUUAUUCAGUCUCUACAUUUUGCUUUAAUCCAAUCUCGUAAAGACGCUACUGCAGAUUUCAAUACUGUUGUGGAAAAGUAUAUAAAUGAGUAUUUGAAAAGAUGCUAUAGUGGCUCUGGAAAAUAUAGAGAAUUUGUAUUAUAUCGGUAUGAAUCACGGUUGGAUGACAAAAAAUUUCUUUAUUCUGCUCCAAAAAAUAAAUCUCAUAUUGACAGCUCCUUGCAAAACUAUAUUUUUGGUUGUGAGGCAUAUCAACUACCUGUUUCUAGAGCUAAGGAAUUGAUGGAGGGAAAUCGGAAACUUCAACAGUUCAGUCCCAUCUCAGAUUAUGAAGCUACAGAAGACACUGAUUUUGCCAAUGCAAAAAGUGGGAAAAGAAUCCGUGCAAAAUAUGAAGCAACUGCUGCCAAGCGAAAAUUCCCUCAUCACGGAGAUUAUGAUCCUGAUAGACUGAAGGAACUUAUUAACUUAAUCCAGUGUAGGAAAAAAAAUGUAGGUGGAGAUUCUGAUUCCGAAGACCUUAGAAAUAAGAGUGGACUGAAAAGGAAGCUGGAGAAACAGUCUGAAAAUCUGCGGAAACACUUAAAAAUGAGUGAAGCCUCAGAGAAUAGUUGUCAGUACGAAGGGGGCAGAACCUCGGACUCGCCACACUCAGUUUUCUCAAUUAUUACUGGUCUUGGUGGACAUGAUACUGACUUGAGGCAGCAAGAUGUUUCCGACUCUGCUGUUACUGACACACACGGCCUCAUUAAACUGCUGUUAGAAACACUAGCUAGUUCAGGACACUUGGAUUCGUCGUUGGCACGGUCUGUAAAUCAAGCUUUAGGAUUAAACACUGAUGAAAUUGAAGAAGAUAUGAGACAAAAAUAUGAAUAUGAAUCCAUUCCAGCACAGGACAGAGAUGAUCAUGAGCUUCCUAAUGCUGUUCAGGCUGAAAAUGUUAACUUUAAGGACCCACAGAGCCCUGUGAUGCUAGAAACUGAUGCAGCUUGCUUACCCUACCCUACUGAUGUUGACCUACGGCUUUCAGCUAAUGAAGUAGGCCUUGAACACACACUGCGUUUAAAAGAAGCAAGCACUGGAAGUGUAAGUAGCUUUGAAGACUACAGUCCCUGUCCUAGUACACCUAUAGAACACGUUUAUCGCAGGCAACAUUCCAACUCAAAUAACAUAGGAGAAGUUGGAAUGCACUGGAGACUGAUUCCAAUUACAGGUCUGAAAUCACCAGAAGAACCACUGGUGUUUUUACCACCAAAGGAUGCCUUCCCUAAUGACCCUCGGGUAAUAAAUAGGCAGAGAAGUUCUGAUUAUCAGUUUCCAUACUCUCCAUUUUCAGACACACAAAAGGGGACAGCAGAAGAUGGACUUUAUACAAGACAAGUGGAGAAACUUGAAGAUCAGUGUGGGCUAGCAGAUCAACCUUUUACAACUAAGCAUUCCAUAAGUGCAAUAAUAGAGACUACACUAUUAGAAGAAUAUAAUCUAUUCGCAAAAAAGAUUCAGGAAAUUUUGCAGCAAAAGAACAUCGCUUAUGUUAGUGGUAUGUCCACACCAGUCUUCUCAGCCCGAGAGAGGAUAAUGAGACUUUCUGAAUACAUUUGUUUACAGGCAUCAGAGAUUUCUGUGCAAGAAUACAUAGAGACACUGAGUGAAAAACUGAAUAGUGUUAUUUUGUCCUCUUCAAGCACUAGGCAUACUCAACCAAUUUAUUCUAGUCCUGAAUCAACAGAAAUGGUUCGUAACGCUGCACUGAAUCCUUCACCCGAGGUGUUACCUGCUUGCAGGGACUGUGACCCAGCAUUGCUAUCAGAGCCAUUGUGUAAUAAUGUAAUGGAAGAUCUUGAAACUAAGGAGCAGCAUUCAGCAAGCUUGCCCUUAGCGAAGGAGGAAAUGGAUCGUGUGAAUGCUAAAACAGAAGAUAUACUGACAUCUGAUCAGACAUCUUCCAGUGGCGACCUGAUGGAGCAGCCAGAAAAGACACAGAAAUCCCCAGAGAGCUUAAAUAUUUCAAGCCAACCAGCUCUUUCUGAUUUUAUAAGCCAGUUAAAACCUGAAGUAUUUAACAGUUUGGUCAAAAUUAUUAAAGAUGUACAGAAAAACACUGUGAAAUUUUAUAUUCAUGAAGAGGAAGAAAGCAUUCUCUGCAAAGAAAUCAAGGAGUAUCUUACAAAGUUAGGUAAUACAGAGUGCCAUCCAGAACAGUUCCUUAAAAGAAGAGCUGAUUUAGAUAAACUGUUGAUAAUUAUUCAAAAUGAAGACAUCGCCAACCUCAUCCAUAAGAUACCUGGCUUAGUAACUUUGAAGAGGCUUUCUUGUGUCAGCUUUGCGGGUGUCGAUAGUUUGGAUGAUGUGAAAAAUCACACUUACAAUGAACUCUUUGUGUCUGGUGGUUUUGUUGUAUCAGAUGAAUCUGUCCUUAAUCCAGAGAGUAUCACAAUAGAUAAACUAAAACAGUUCUUAAAAUUUUUGGAGGAUCUCAAUACACCAGAUGGGAAAUGGCAGUGGAAAGUCCACUGCAAAAUACAAAAAAAACUUAAAGAGCUGGGGAGACUGAAUACUAAUGCUUUGAGUCUGCUGACCCUGCUGAAUACCUACCAAAAGAAGCACUUGGUUGAAAUUCUGUCCUACCACCAUUGUGAUUCUCAAACUCGAAAUGCACCGGAAUUAGACUGUCUUAUCAGGCUUCAGGCUCAAAACAUACAACAGAGGCAUGUUGUCUUCUUAACAGAAAAGAAUCUCAAAAUGCUUUCAAAUUAUGCUGAAAAUGGAAUAGUGGUUGCUACUGUUGAUGACUUUAUGCAAAAUUUUAAAAGUCUUGUUGGGUAUCACAACUCUGUUACUGAAGACAACAGUCUGCCUCCCUCUGAUGUUCAGAAAAGACAAUCAGUUCUUGUAGAAAACGAUGAAAAGGAUGAGGAGGACAUGUCUCUGGAUUCAGGGGAUGAAGCAUCACAAAUAGAAAUCUGCAAUGAUGACUCCAAGUAUGAUACAUGUCGCUUGGAAGCUUUGCAGACAGAGGCCAAGGGCUCACACGGAGUAGAUACAAAAGAAAGUUGUGUAUCAGCUCCAGAGUUACCUCCUGAAGCACAAAUUGGUUUGAUGGAAAAGACUUCUAAAAUUGACUUGAAAGAAAUACAGCCAAUUCCUCCAGUUUCUACAACAUGUUCUGCUGAAGGAGGAAAACAGAACUCAGUUGAACAAGCUCCUUCUAGUAACUUCCAAGUUUACAGCAGACAAUUAAACAUGUCCCAUCAAUUCAGUCAAUUUAAUUUACUCACUCAUCAGACUUUUCUGGGAACAACAUACCCGAUUUCUGCAAAUCAAAACCAAGAAGGGGGCAAUUAUUUUCUAUCUGCUUACAGUCAAAGCAUGGAUACAGAAAAGUCAUCAUCGCCUGGUGGUUGGGAUAUAAAUUGUGAUUCUUCCAGGCCAUAUUCAAAACAGAAAUAAACUCGUAAGUCUUUUUUUAAGUUGAUGUGGACUUUUCUGUUUCUAGAAUGGUGAAUUAACAAUUUCUAUUUUAUUCUGGAACAAUAUGUUUCUUGUCCUUUAUCUCAAAUGUUUUCUUGUCUUAUUUAAACCAUGAUGGCCUGUACCUGUUGGAAGCAUCUGAAAAUUGAAAUAAAUAUAUAUAUUUUUUAACAUUUAUUGUACUUGAA